GUAGUUACCUGUGCGGCGAUGGCGGGCGAUGUUGCUGCGGAAAUUGAUCUCUAUGACAAUAUUGAUGAGGAUUUCGUCCAGGAAUGUUCAGAUAUGAUGGAAUUGUAUGAUGAUGUCGCUGCGCCAUCUGACUCCGCUGCUCCAACCUCGCAAACCGACUCAUCCUCUAAACCCCAGCUUUCCUCUCUUAAUGCCGGUAGCGGAAGACGAGUUGCUACCUAUAUUGGCAACCUUACAUGGUGGACAACUGAUCAAGAUUUAUUAGAUGCUACUAAUGCGAUCGGAAUCAAUGACGUAGUAGAAAUUAAGUUCCAUGAAAACAGGCAGAAUGGUCAGUCAAAAGGAUUUUGCGUCGUUGUGUUCGGAUCGGACCAGACAGCACGUAUCGCCAUGGAUAAGCUUCCCAAAACCGAGAUACAUGGUCAAGCGCCUGUUGUAACCCAUUGUACGAAAUACAAUCUUAGUAUGUUUGAAAAGGCCGCUGGCGGUGAGACGCCGGCGACUAACCGCGGACGUUCCGAUGAAUCAACAGGCAAAAAUUCUGGUUUAUCUGGCAGCUCCUCCACUUCCGCUAGUAAAGUUCCUCCUCUAAUGGCGAAUCCAACAAUGCCAGCUUCCUUGGGCUUCAGUCUGCGUAAUAACAGCUCUUUGAUGGGUCAAGCCACCCCUAGCCUCCGCCAAAUUGCCAACCAGUUGCCUAACAGUUUGCAGCAAGCUUUCGCUACACAUACUCUACAGUCGGGACUUUCAGCUAGUUCCCAGAUAAAUCAGUUAGCCUUACAUUUGCCGGUUGCUACCAGUGUUUUAAUGGCACCCUCUGUGCCCCCACCCCCGCUCCCUGGCAAUGCGUCUUCGCUACUUUCUACUACAUUCAACUUAUCUAACAGCCUUCCUACGACAUUACCAACUGGAACGGCUCAUGUGAAUCCCAACUUCAUGACCCAGCCGCUUCCGAUUCCAAGUGGAACACUCCCAACACCCGUCCCUGCUCCUGCUGCCCUCAUGAAUUUUGGCGCUUCAGGCUCAUCCGUUGGGUCGCAUUUUGAUACUUACGGACGGCCAGUCAUUCACACUUACACCCCCUCUUCCACCGGAAAACUUACAGAAUCGGAAUUUGAAGAUAUCUUGCAGCGGAACAAGACAGUGUCGUCCAGUGCCAUCAACAGGGCCGUCCAAGACGCGGCAAGUGGAGAUUACGCCAGUGCUAUUGAAACUCUGGUCACUGCGAUAUCCCUGAUCAAACAAUCAAAGAUAGCUAACGAUGAUCGUUGUCGCAUACUUAUCAAUUCGCUACAGGACACACUGUGCGGGAUUGAAUCAAAGUCAUAUGGCGCUAAAAGCAGCACUCGUCGACGUCGUCGUUCUUACAGCGACAGCGAUAGUGAAGGUGGCAUGGAUAACUACGGUUCUUCAGUAGGCGGAGGAAGUGGCAGAAGACAUCGCGACCGAGACAAUCGCUCACGAUCACGCGAUCGCCAUGAUCGUCAUGAUCGCCACCGGCGCUCACGUGAUCGUACUUCCAGCAGCGUCGCUAGCUACUACGGCAAUCAAUCAGGCAUGCAACUCACAAGUGGAACCGGGUUAUCUGGAUCUGCACAAGGCAGCGGCAGCGCAAACGGAAGCUCUGAUCGCUAUCGGGAGUCACGUUACCGACACUGAUGCCUACCUUCUGUUUUAUCGUUUACUGCGGUUUCCUGUUCACGUCUGCAUUCUUUCUUCAUCGUUACGUACUCAUUUUUUCUUUGGCAUCCAACUGCAAAGUUCCCGUUGGCAGUCAGUUGCAACCUCAUACACUUGUCUGUAUGACAACUCAUCUCCGGAUCAGGCAAGUUGCUUCGGUUCGCUGUUCUGUUUACCUUAUCUUUUGUGGAACUUUGCUGCCAAUGUUUACUAUGCAUUUACAUCUUAUCUUCAGCUCUUAUGUUUUUAUAUCGAAUUUCUUGUGUAUAUCCUACCAAAGCCCCCUGUACCUGCUGUGUGGCAUUUUUUUCCUUCGGUUGAAUGACGGCGCGUUGUGCCACUCUAUUGUAACUUAGUUGCCCAGACAUGCUGUUAUUCAUAUUUGUUCAGCAUCCUAAUGGUCUCCAUUUCUGUACCAAAGAUGCUAGAUUUCACCUCUGUUUUAUCCGAAGAUCCUCCGGUGACUCUCCAGAUCUUUGGAACUUUCAUUACUAUCGUUUCUCCUUUUACCUUCCACAUUUUUUGGGAUGGGCCUUGAAAUUGUUCUGGUGACUUGAAUGUUUACUCAAAUUAACUGUUUUACGCAUGCACAUAUGCAUAUGCGUGUCAUUAUUGUGUCUUUUGGGGGUACUUUUUCGAGUUCCAUGUGACCACUUCUAAAGUUCCAUACUGCUACUUCUGCUAACUCAUCUGUUUUUCUUUUCAGGUGCUGUCCGGUGCAGCCUGAGUCCCAGUCUAUCCAGCAUCUCUGUCGAAAUCAGUUUACUUCAAAUAAAUAUACGAAGUCU